CUACCGCAUCCUGCCUCGACUCUGCUCUUGCCUCUCAGUCUUGUCUAUCCCAACUACACUCGUUCAGUCUCAAUUGUGACUAUUACAUUCAUUUCCGGCUUUGCCAUUACGAUCAUUCCAGCUCUACAGCAACUUGCGUUUUCUCGCGUUCAAACUUGAAUACUUUCUUUAGUGAAGCGAAACUGUGUCUUGCUCACUACUUGAACUGUGGAAUCGAUUUCUACAGCCAUUACAUCGUACCUACGUUGUCAUAGACAAAAACUGAAGCUACCGCAAAAAUCUACAUACCUACCCAACCUUCAAAAUGAAGUCCGUCGUCGCUAGCAUCGGCAUGAUCGCCGCCGUGGCCAACGCCUACCAGUUCCCUCAGCACGCCCACUACCGCCGAGACUACAACGGAACCGACUCUCAGACCACUCUGACCGUCAAGACCACCGUCGUCGAGACCAUUACCAGCUGCGCCCCUACCGUCACCAACUGCCCCAGCCGUGACCAGACUGCCAUUGCUCAGCUCCCCGAGUCGGACAAGACCACCCUCACUGCCACUCACACUGUCAUCCUCACCGAGGUUGUCUGCCCCGUCGCUGAUGCCAGCUCUAUCUACACCUCCGUCCUCCAGCAUGCUGAGACCGGUGGUGUUACUGGCAAGACCAUCACUGCUGAUGUUCCCAUGAACACCGGCGGUGCCUACCCCCCUCCCCCCGAGAAGACUGUUGUCUCAGACUACACCACCGACCAGGUUGUCACCCUUACCCAGGGCGAGGAGACCAUUACCACCACUAUCCACAAGACCAUCCAGAAGACUCUGACCGUCCCUGCUGGCCCUGAGGUCACUGAUGACGGCUCCAAGGGCAACGGUACCCCCGAGGAUGACACCACCACCACUACCACUAAGACCACCACUGGCACCAUCACCAAGACCAUCCAGCGUGUUGAUGAGACUGGCCCUGCCACCGGCGGUGACAACGGCUACAGCACUGGCAAGAGUGAGGACGAUGGCUCCAAGGGUACCGGCAACGGUAACGGAAACGGCUCCAACAACGGAGGCUCCAACAACGGAAACGGCAACGGCGAGUGCUCCCCCGAGACCGUUACCGUUACUGCCCCUGCCUCCACUGUCUAUGUUACUGUUGUCCCCGAGGCUGCCAAGACCAACGGUGCUGAUGACGCUACCGUCACUGGCAAGACCGUCAAGGGCGAUGACUCCGAGGAUGAUGAUGAUGAUGAGGACGAGAUCUGCGACACCACCACCACCCUGGAGGCUACUGUCACCGUUGUCCCUUACCCCGUUAACGGCACCGCUACCGGUGGCUACGCCAAGCCCACUGGCUUCUCUCGCCGUCUCCGCUAAAUGUCUACGGACAACUCCUAUGUAUAUGAAGUUUCGUCUGUACAUUAAUCACCACUUGGUUACUUCUUGGUUAGGCAUCUAGUGAAGGAAGGGCUCCCUUGGAUAGGCUUACACUAUUCUCCUGGAUGUAUGACAAUCUAUUUUUUGCUUGCUUCCUUUUUCCAAAACAAUUCAAUGAGAAUCAUGAACUUUGUCUUGCCCACAAAACAACUGCCCUUACUCUAUGCAUCGUCAUAUUCCCUUUUGACUUGAAGCCUGGAUAGGGGUUAAAUGGUACUGUGCAAAAAGCGUUCUUAUAUAUAGAUAAACUUGGCUCGUGCUUUAUAUAUCCGGGGCUGAGGUUUCAUAACUCACGCUCUGUCUCCUUGAAUUUGUUUGUCUGUAUGUAAAUCUUCCCUUCACCGUAUAUACUUAGCAAU